UGCACAGCCUGCCCAGCUGGAACGUACAAGGCGAGCGCAGGCACGGGAUCCUGCACCCCCUGCGCGCAAGGCAAGUACUCCUCGACCCCAGCAGCGACCAGCGAAACAUCCUGCACCGCCUCCGGCAAGUUCAAGUCCACGGAGCAGACAGCGUGCGAGUCAUGUGCGAUCGGCAGCUACGGCGAGGGCAACGGGAGCUCGACAUGCAUGCUCUGCCCGGAGGGAACUUACGGGGACACUGAAGGAGCGACGGCCUGUUCGACAUGCCCCAACGUUUCGCUGACCUCCUCUCCCGUAGGAAGCGUCGCCUCUGACAACUGCUCCUGCACCUACGGGUACGAGGCUGGACCAGACGGAAACUGUACCGCCUGUCAGCUGGGGAAGUACAAGGGCUGGAUCGGGAACGACGCUUGUGUCGCAUGCUCCAUCGGGACGUUCGCGGACGAGCUAGGAAUGUCAGUUUGCACCUCCUGCCCCGAGCACAUGUCCACGGAGACGGAGGGCAGCGACAACAUGACGGCAUGCUCCUGCAACUUCGGGUACCUGAGCUCCUCCAACUCCAGCUGUACCGCUUGCCCAGCUGGCACCUACAUGGAAGAGAACAGGACAUGUGCAAGCUCGUGCGAGCCUUGCUCGCGGGGGAAGUACAGGGACGGCAACAUGACUGAGUGUCAAACCUGUGCAGCUGGGAAGUACAUGGACAUGCCGGCCUCUUCCUACUGCAAAGAUUGCCCA